AAACAAGAUGACCAGUGCCAAGUUGAAAAAUCUAUGUUGACCUUCAUUCUUUCUCUGUGUAAAUGCCUCCUCUUUCCUCUUGCCAAGAGCAUCUCAUUGUUUAAAUAGAAUCCCACUACACAGAGAAGGAGAAUAGAAUCUCUCAUAGUUUUGGAAGUAGUGUAAUAGAAAGAAAUAAUGGCUUCUCCAUCCUUUCUUGAAAAGUCUCAUGCUGUCUGCAUUCCUUAUCCAGCUCAAGGCCAUAUCAAUCCAAUGCUAAAACUAGCCAAGUUUCUUUACCACAAAGGCUUCCAUAUCACCUUUGUUAACUCGGAAUACAACCAUAGACGCCUGCUCAAAUCUAGAGGCCCUGACUCACUCGACGGCCUCUCUUCUUUCCGUUUCGAAACUAUUCCUGACGGUCUUCCUCCGACCGACACUGAUGCUACCCAAGACAUACCCUCCCUUUGCUUUUCCACCAAGAAUGCCUGUUUGCCUCACUUCAAGAACGUCCUCUCAAAGCUUAAUGAUACUCCUUCUAGUGUCCCUCCUGUUUCUUGCAUCAUCUCCGAUGGUGUCAUGAGCUUCACUCUUGAUGCAGCUCAAGAAUUGGGUAUUCCUGAAGUCCUGUUCUGGACUACUAGUGCUUGUGGUUUUCUUGCUUACCUUCAUUAUCACCAGCUCAUUAAAAAGGGUUAUACACCACUCAAAGAUGAAAGUUCCUUAACAAAUGGUUAUCUAGAUACUGUUAUAGACUGGAUCCCAGGCACGAAAGAUAUCCGUUUAAAGGAUAUCCCAAGCUUCGUUAGAACAACAAAUCCUGAAGACAUAAUGCUUAACUUUUUGGUUUCAGAAACUGAAAGAGCCCAGAAGGCUUCUGCUAUUAUCUUGAAUACAUUUGAUGCCUUAGAGCAUGAUGUUUUAGCUGCAUUUCCUUCACUGAUACCACCUGUAUACUCCGUUGGCUCUCUCCAACUUCUGCUUAAUAAUAUUAAAGAUAAUGACUUGAAGUUGAUUGGAUCAAACCUAUGGAAAGAAGAAACAGGAUGUCUUGAAUGGCUCGACUCAAAAGAACCUAACUCGGUCGUUUAUGUUAAUUUUGGAUGCAUUACUGUCAUGACAAGUGCUCAACUGGGAGAGUUUGCCUGGGGACUAGCUAACAGCGAAAAAACAUUUUUAUGGGUUAUUAGGCCUGAUCUUGUAGACGGCAACACGGCGGCUCUUCCACCAGAGUUUGUCUCAAUGACAAGAGAAAGAGGUCUGUUACCAAGUUGGUGUCCACAAGAACAAGUGUUGAACCACCCAUCAAUUGGAGGAUUCUUAACACAUAGUGGAUGGAAUUCUACACUUGAAAGUAUUUGUGGAGGUGUGCCUAUGAUUUGUUGGCCUUUCUUUGCAGAGCAACAAACCAAUUGCAAGUACACUUGCAAUGAAUGGGGAAUAGGCAUGGAGAUAAACAGUGAUGUGAAGAGAAAUGAAGUUGAGAGUCUCGUUAUAGAGUUAAUGGACGGAGAUAAAGGGAAAGCAAUGAAGAAGAAAGCAAUGGAAUGGAAAAGGAUUGCAGAAGAAGCUGUUAGUACUAAAGGGUCUUCUUAUCAGAAUUUGGAUAACAUGAUCAAACAGGGUCAGAGAUAAUAUAUGGUCAAAAUCCCGCAAGGCUGGUGUAAGUACGGGGAGGUAUAUGUCCGACUGAGGAGAAAUUCUUAUGCUAAAAACAAGGUGCAUGUUGUCAACUUAUCAUUGGGCUUAGAGGAAAAAACCCCAUUUAAUCCAUUUCUACCGAAAAAUAUAUCCUAUGAAAAAAAAAUCAUUAUGCAGAUAUCAAAUAUUCAAUCAAGAUUGUGGGAGUGGGGCUGUUCCAAAAUACGUGCAAAUCAUAUUAACAUUAUCUACUUUGGAAGUUUUUAGAUUUUAGAAAAAUGGAAGCCAUAGGAAAUUGAUUUGUA